AUGACAGGAGUUAAGGUAGCAAAGGGAUCCAGAAGAGCGACUAUCUUGCUAGCCAUCAGUCUGCAAGCUGUAAAUGGUGCUCAUCCGGUGACUCAGAGGCGUAAGUGGCGAGGUGGUGCUGUAAUCAGGACACAUAUUGGGUCUUCGAGUAAGAAACCAAAAGAUCAUCACCAUAUGCGAGUAGCUUUAUUGGAGAAGAAGAGGGUUGGCCAAAAGUACCUUGUAUGUCAAAUACAGGAAAGUAUGGAUCGUGAAUAUGUUGGCGCAAAAGUGGACCGAAGUCCUGGUUAA